GACUAUAUGGGACCAGGAAAAGUCGAGUACUCAGGAAGAUUUGAAACAAAAUAUACAUAGGCUUGUGCGCCAAGAAUAAGAUCCAAUGCUCCUUCCAUCAUUCUGUUAAAUUGGACAUCUACAUCAAGAAAGAGGCACAAACAGACAUACAGAAGAUGAUGAUGACAUUUUUUUUUAUACAACUUAGAGUGGCAAACAAGCUGACGGCCCACCUGAUGGAAAGUGGUAACCGUCGCCUAUAGACAUGAGCAGUACCAUGGACAUGACAGAGUAUACUGUUUUCCAUGCGUUGCCAUUUCUGAGGACUCAGGUGUUAUUCCCCCGUAUCCAGUAAAUUCAUUGCCCUAUCCCAUCCUUCAAACCGAAACAUAGCCAUGCAAACACAACUGCUUUAUGGUUGAAACACAAAUGGGACAGAGGUACCCAAGCAAUCGAAUUUUGUACAAAGUCUCCCUCUGGUAAUACUUCUAAUGUUAUCACUUAAGGUGUUACGAGUAUAUUUAUAUAUGUUUGACACAUUGUCAUAUAUGAUUCACUCUUUUAUAUCAACAACAAAACUAGCUAACAAUUGCUAUUCGAAAAUAAAAUCUGUUGCUUGGCAUUUAGGUGCCUAUUACAUUGUCAUAGUUUAUUCUCUCUAUUAUUAUUAACAAUCUCACAGUCAGGACUUUUUACCUCUCACGGUAUUAUGUAUAGAAAACUGGGCAGGUACUGAAGGAAAGAGACAGCGGUGUUUGUUGCCUUUACUCUUUUUAAUUUUAUCACGUGUAUUUGAACUAACAAUUGUGUUUAAAUAGUAAUUGUGUUUGCUAGAAAGAGACAAAACACUUAAACAAAUGUGUGUUGUUUUUGUAAGAUAAUGGGGUUUGUAGUCAGUUAGUGUCUGUGAUGGUUUCUGUUGUGACCCAGUGGCGGUGUUGAGUUUUUAAAAUAAGUUAAUGAACAAAUCAACGACAAAGAGUGGAUUGCAGCAGUAUAUGUAGAAUAACCCCUGCAUGGAACGGAACAUUAGACGUUAGUAGUCAUAGCACAAAGUAGUAAUGCAAAAUGGCGCAAAACGCAGCAUCCUCUAGCAUCAACGGCAAAAAUGAGUUUACAAAACUCAUAAAGUUCCUAGCAUAUAAAGGGGUACAAGUUAUUGUAGAGUCCCGAAAGGGGGUUAAAUUAGAGCCAAAUAGCAAACCUAUAUCAUCAGACUCUGGUUGGUUCAAUCUACAAAUACCGGAUUCCCCGGAAGUUAAUCAAGCCACAAAAAAUGCCUUGCCUUCAGAUCAGGUCUUAGAGACUAUUCAGUCGCGGUUGCAUGUUGAAAUAUCAGUACAAACUGAAGAUGGUGAUGAAAUAGUGCUAGAGUUGUGGACUUUCCAUUUGGAUGAGGCAGAUUUUGAUAUGUCAUUAAAAGCCAUAAACGCAAUAUACAUAAGAAUGGGCAUACUUCUGAAGUCUCUUAUCACCAUCACGCGAAUGUCUCCUGUAUACCAUUUGUCAAGGGUACAAAGGUCCGAACCUUUCACCAUUUUCUACAGAGUGUACAACGGCAAAUCGAAUGUUAAAGCUUUAGGGACAUCGGUAAAGAAAAUGCAAACUGCCAUGCUCAAAACACCUUUAGGUGGUAUUUAUUUCAAAGUCGAAUACAUAGCUAACUUCUCUAUCAUACCAAACAAGUGUCAAUACACUGGUACUCUGUUGCUAAAGAGUGACCAUUUUGAACUUAGCGCAAAGAACAUAUUAUUGGAGUCGAACAAGAAAAAGGAGUACAAGGGUAAAGAGAAAAAGCCUGCCAGACCAAUUGACCUGAAUAAGCCCCUACGCCAUGCGGCGUUCGUCGACGAAAUUCUGCUCGAGAGAACUGUCAAGGAUUUUCUUACCAGAAUAUCCGUUCCGAACCGCCGUCCACAACUUCGACGUAAAAGUCCGCCCAAAGAAGAAGCCGUCGAAUCGAAGAGCACUCAAGAUUUAGACAUAGCUGUCGUCUCAAAUAGUCCAACGUCUUUGGAAAUGCCACCAAAGAAGUUCUCGGGCAUUCGUGGUGAGAAUGAGCCGCCUUUAAAACUCUUAUGUAUUCCCUUCGCUGAUAAUCACCCUAUCAGGGAAUUGGCUGAGUUCUACAAAGACAUUUUUAAUGCUCCACAUUUGAAGCUCGCCGAUGACUUGAUUCGUUCCAAGUCAAAAAGCGCAGAAUCGAUAGAAAAAGAAUUAGAGGAGGCUAACGAAGAUCUAGCCGAGGAUUUAAAGAUAUAUGAAAAUUCGGCUAUUGAAUUUGACAAGCUAGUAGCAGACAUGUGCCAAUCGGCCGAGUGCAUUCAACUCGACUGAUUGGCACAUGUCUGAACUGAACUGAAGGAAGCUUAGAAGAGAAGACUGUUUUAAGACUGAUGUACAGUAUGGAAUGACUGGUUUUUAUUUUAAAUUAUUAUCAUUGAUUAUUUUUCUCUUUUUUAAAGACUAUUUGACUUCUAUUUUUACUGAAUAUGGUAAAUAAUAAAAAAAAAAAAUUUUUGUAAUACAAAUAUGUUCAAUAGUUAAUACGUAUUAAAAAAAAUUGACUUUCGUAUAUUUAUUCUUAUUUUGUAUAUGUAUUUGUAAAUAGUGUAAUUUAUAAGGCAAACAAUUUUUUAAUGGGUGAUAAUGGAAUGGUAACCCCACCCGCGCUAUCGCUAUACACCGGUGGGGCACCAGUGAAGGAUGAUAGGUGAGAAUGAAGCAGAUCAGUUAGCUCAUCAUGACGAAUUCAAUAAGAAUUGUUCACGAUGGUUUCCAGCGGGAACCACGUGCGUAAUUUCUGUAUGAGCAAGUUAAAAGUUUUUCUAAUAAGUUGCUCUGUCACGAAACGUCGAUUCCGAUAAAGAAAUAUACGAUAGACUUAUCGAAUUUUAGUAGAGAACAGAAUUACGUAAGAAACGCGCUAUAAAGGACUAUAAAAAGAAGAAUAAAAAAAAUAUUUUGUGUUACUGCGACACGCAUGAAAAAAAAAUGUUACUAAUUUUAUGCAUUCUGAUAUUGAUUUUGUUUUUUUUUUUAAUUUUAUGUACAUGUAUCUAUUUUUUAUCUUUUUUCACUUUGCAUUUGUGUCUUUUGCUGUUUGUGUGCUGUAAGUGAUGCAAAUAAAUUAUUUAUCUAUGCAUAUAAUAUUUUUUUUCUUUCUAAUUUUUAGGUCCGUUAGUAAAAGAAGUUGUUUAAAUUUUGUUUUUAUUAAUAAAUCUCUAUUUGACUUUUAAUUGUAUGUCGUUGGAAAAAUGUAAUCGGAAUACGACGACAAAAGGACAUAUGAAAAAUCUUAAAUUUUAAAGAUCAAUGUAGUAGAUAUAAAAAAAAAUGUUCAAACAUUAUUUACAUAAUCAUGUUAACUGAAGGAUUUUUUUUGUUUUGUAAAUAUUAUACAAGUGUAUAUUGGGUUUUUGACAUUUUGACAGAAGGAAUUUAUGUAUAUUUGUGUAUAAUUGUGAUUCAAUUAUAAAUUCCUUCUGUUAUGCUGUAUGUACCAGUUUAUUAUAUUCUAGAUAUAAGAUUAGAUAUGUAAAUGUUCCUUUACCUAUAUAAUUAAGAUUUGGCUAUACAUAUUUAGCUCGUGAAGAAGGCUAUGUAUAGUGUCUUUGUCUUAAUCAAAUAUUUUAAAAGCAAACUCAGUUUUCAAAUUGCUAUAGUUUGGCACUAUUUUUAAAAGGUCUUUUGUUUAGGGCAUUAGGAUAGAUAUUGUUAUAACCGGCCUUGAAAAGAAAUUGUGUUAUUGUAAAAGUAGGUAACAGGCUUUAAGAGAUAUCCUCAGAUGAGUGGGAGUGCAAGGGGCAGUCAUAUUGUUUUUGGACAAAACGAAGCUUUUUUUUUAAUGGAUGAAAAUGGUAUGGUAACCCCGCCUGCGCUAACGGGAUACGCUGGCGGAGCACCAGUGAAGGGUGAUAGAUAAGAACGAAUACAGGCCAGUUAGCCCAACAUGAUGAAUUCAUUAGGAAUUAACCAUGAUAGUUUCCAGGGGGAACCGCGAGGAGGUCGACCUGGUUGGGUAUAUUGCUAGCAAUGGGAUUCUCAGUCUCCAUUACUAACAAUCCCUUUCCCCCCAUCUAUAACGCUUUGGUAUCAAGCAAACUCUGUAAUGUAGUGUCUGUAAUAUAAAUUCAAUAACUCGAGAAUAAAAAUGGUUGUUCUUGGCGGAGAGUUUACACAGAGACACUGUCUAGGUGUUAUAUAUCUAAGGGCAAAUUGUUGUAAUUCUGCAAAGUGAUCUAGUCCAUAAUAUGUAAAAUCUAGUCGUCAUGUUACAGAACACAAUUUUUUAAAGUUAUCACAAUAAUUUAUUUGUUUAGAUAGUUUACGCAUCCGCCUUUAAAUUGUAGUUUUAUCGCUUAAUAAAAAUAAAAUAAUUGGCAUCGUAGGAAAAGAUUUGGAUAAUUUAGUUUACUACUAUUUAUAAUAAUGGUUAAUAUAAAAACCUGGGUGAUUGCAGUGUGUAGUUUUUUUUUUAUUUCAUUCAUGGGACAUUGCUUGUGAGAUUUGCAAUAUAUUUCCUUAAAACCUGCUAGACAAAACAGUUUAGUUUUAAACUUAGUUCCUAUAUAUUAUGUUCCUAUCAUUUUUGUGGCUGGUUUAUUUAAAAUAUAUUCGUUAAAAGAA